AUGGGUAUCUGUGGACUUUUUUCUCUUUGGAAGAGCCGAUGGAAGGAAAUAACGGGUCUUGGAAUAGCAACUCUGACCGUGCCAAGCACCGAGCAUCGAAAGGUUCGGCCCUUUGAAGAUGCCCCAUCAAUCGUCACCGAACGGCAUCAUUUCUUCUAG